AUGAAAUACUACACAUUGAAUAGAAGAUUUAGGCAGACAAAAGUAAUGCUGGCCAUUAUUCUUGCACUGUCAUUAUUUUUCUAUCUAAGAAGUAUUAAUCGGGAGGAUGCGAAUGAGCAGGUAGACAUUUUUAGUAGCGAUGUUGAAGAUGUUGUCCCUGAGCCUCCUAAGAAUAAACACCAUCAUUGGUUUAAUUCCAAAUGCCCUGAAUAUUUAGAAUACUCUGAGGAGAGGCAUGAGCCUUUCAGUGAAGGCCCAUUGAAGUUGCCAUACAUGAGGCCACCUGAAGAUUGUCGAACGUUUAAGUCUGUGGCUGUUGAAAAGACCCUUGAGGCCUUGGAACCCCGGUUCAAAGAUCCAGAUUUGUUUCGUUUACUGGAAAACUGCCUACCAAACACCUUGGAUACGACGAUAUUAUGGACUGAUUUUGAGGAUGAUAACGACCUGCGUUCGUUUAUUGUCACUGGUGAUAUCCAUGCCGAAUGGUUACGAGAUGCUGCUAGACAGCUGAGUGUUUACCAGCCUUUUGUUAAGCAUGACAGACAAUUGCAAUUACUUAUGAAAGGUGCAAUUAAUCAGCAGGCAUUGUUUAUUUCAACCCAGCCUUACUGUAAUGCUUUCCAACCGCCCAAGAAAUCAAAAGUUCAAAGAAAGCCAAGUGCCGUAGAUUUUGUCAGUCCUCGUCCAAACUAUUAUGUCGCAUUUGAAUGUAAAUGGGAACUGGACUCAUUGGCUUCGUUUUUGACGCUUAGUAACGAAUAUUACGAGAACACUGGUGAUUCCAGUUUUGUCAAUGAAGUAUGGCUUCGUGCAUUUGAAGUCAUACUAAUUGUGUUGCAGAAACAGUCUUCGCCAACAUUCAACCCUGACACCGGUACUCUUCUACCAUUCUACUACAAGUUCCAAAGAGACACUCGUAUAGGCUCAGAGACAUUACCUCUAGCAGGAACAGGUAACCCAAUAAACGGUGGCACGGGGCUUGUUCGUUCAGCAUUUAGACCAUCUGACGACAGCACUAUAUUCCAAUUUUUAAUUCCGGCCAAUGCACACAUGGCUGUUGAACUAUCCAAGAUCAGUUAUCUACUGAAGAGCAAACAAGGCUCCACGGCUCAGAUUACAGUGUUCGUAGAUGCGGCACAUCAGUUCUCCGAAUCGAUGAAGAUUGGAAUCAAAAAUAAUGCAAUAUUUGAUCACCCAAGACAUGGAAAAAUAUAUGCCUACGAAAUAGAUGGAUAUGGUUCGGCUCUUUUCAUGGAUGAUGCCAAUAUUCCUUCACUUCUCUCACUUCCUGAGCUAGGCUUUUUGGAAAUCGAUGAUCCAAUAUAUAACAACACAAGACAAAUGAUCCUCUCUAAAUCCAACCCAUACUUUCUUAAAAGCCAAUUUUUUGAAGGAGUUGGAGGACCGCAUAUCGGGUUGCAAAAUGCCUGGCCAAUGUCUCUAUUGAUGGCUAUAAGGACUACAGAUGACGACCAAAUAAUUACAAAGUACCUGGAGUUAGUCAAGUCAACAACUGCAGGGCUUGGGCUUAUGCAUGAAAGCAUAAACAUUUACACACCAAAGGGGGCUCUUUAUACUAGACCGUGGUUCUCUUGGUGCAAUUCAGAGUUCGGAAAGACUAUUUUAGAUCUAGCAAGCAGGAAACCACAUUUGAUUUUCAAAGAUGAUUAUGUUGAGAGUUUCAACAUCGAUAGUUUAUUUUUGCAAUAG